UUCCCGUCGUUUCGAGUUGCUGUGUCCCAAGUCAUGGUUUCCGUGUCGCUCAAGAUAUCUUAGCUUGAAUCGCGUUGGACAAUCCAAGUCAGGCGACGCCAUGUUUGCUCGUUGGCCCUAAGUCGACAGUCAGCGCGGGCGUCCCAUCGCUAAGUUUUUCUUGGAGUUUGUUGCCGGUGCCACCAAGCGGUCCCCGAUAAGACCACAGGCCUCGACUUGAGACGUAGCUUGGAGGGGAGAGGGCUCUUUGGAUGUGAUGCGGAAGCUUUCGAUAGUGCGGUGUGGGAUGCUGCAUGUAAGUGCAGGAGACAAAGAACGAUGCCAUGGGUGGCCCCCGGUAUUGGGCCGUGACGCUCCGGAUGUCCCGCUGGCCGUCCGCGGUAAGGCGUCUACCGAAAUUCUUGAGAGAAAACUGGUUCGCAUGUCCGCGCGGCAGGCCGCUUCAAUCGAGAUCAUAUCCCGAUUUUUGGCAGCCAAUGAAUACGAAUCAGUCCUUCUGCACUCGCGUUUGCUGGCGAAUUGUGGUCAGAGCGGUAGGCCUGAGGCAACCCUAACCUCCCAUGAAGAUAAAAAAGACCCGACAGAAAAUGAGAUAACUCGGCCCGUGGGAGAGGACAGGAAAGCUCCGAACGAACACACUCGGUCAUGUCUUGAACAUGUGGGGGUCCCGUUCGCCCCGUCCCGAUCCUCGAGCUGGACACUACUGAGUAACAGCGAGCCAAUCCCCAUUAGUUCGGUAAGCUUCGCAUGGUCAGCAGUGCAAAGUGGGAGCGAUAUCGGUGAGAAUCAAAAAGACGCUGGAUAGAUAAAUAUGUUACACCGUUAUAUGUUACUGGGGCUUUGUCCAACCCGAAUCGAGAUC